AUGACUAUCACGAGGUUGACCGGUCUCGUGAGUUUAUUGAUCCUGGUGACCUCGAGGCGACCGGUGGAUGCCACUGAGCUCCAGUUCCCCCAUGAUCACAACAGGGCGUCGCAUCAUAAUUAUCAUCACUCCCGGCAUCAUUUUCACAGCAGUUCAGCAGUUAAUUUGGAUAAUUCAGAUCGUCGAGGGAAUCCGCAUCGAUCGCGAGUCCUCCACGAUUCCCUGAGAAAUGCGCGGACAGUCGAGGCGUCUCGGCUGCACCGUCAUCCCCAUGAAUCAGAGAAGAAGGAUCAGUUGAGAAAUGAGACCCCGAAUAAAUCCGGAAAACUCACUGCUGUUGACCAGCAGCCCGGCAGAGCAGUUUAUCACGGUGAUCAGCGGUUCAGAUCUAGAGAUGGGUUCGGGGGAUUCGGUUUGACUACAUCUCCUCCGAUUUAUACUAAACAUCAUCCUGGGAGACGUGUUUGCACGAGACAACCACCAACAAACGUCAACCACUCUGGCACGCAAAUUAGGUUCACGUACACUGAAAUAUCGACAUCGGGUUUCCUGUGUUGCCCUGGAUGGUCUCAAGUAACACCUACCAGUUAUGGUUGCAACAGACCCACCUGCGUGGCACCUUGUUACAACGGCGGUAUUUGCGGUACCCAUGGUAAAUGCAACUGUCCAAAGGGGUUCACUGGUACACAGUGUCAAAUUGACGAGGACGAGUGUAUCACGGAAAAACCGUGUGCCCAGAUCUGCAGGAACGUGCCUGGUAGUUACGAGUGUCACUGCAGAUAUGGAUUCCAACUUCAGCCGGACGGCCAGUCCUGCAGGAAAAAUGACAGCGACGGUACAGCUUUCGAGGCACGAGAUCUAGAGAAUGACUACGGCAUAACGACAAGCACAGGAAGACCCGAUGUUAAACCACAUGAUACUGAGAAUGAAGUGGGUGACGGAGAAGACCGAGAUUUUGAGACUAUACUCAAGAGGCUGACCAAACUCGAGAAGCAAUUUGCGAGGGACAGAAGACGCGAGACUGAAACGAUACAAUUGAACACAAAAAUUGAUCAGGCAGUUGAAGGUGUUGCUGAAUUAAGAUUAGCAGCUAAGAAUGCUCUUCAUUAUCUAUUGGAAACGUUUGGCCCUGUUCGUCAGGAUGUGACAAGUUUGAAGAGUAAAUUCGAGUUGGAACGUAGGAGGGUUGAUUAUUUAAUUCAACGGGUGGCUGAUCUAGACCAUCGGAUCAAUGGGCGAUCUGGCGUUAUGAACGGAUAAAUUUCUGUUUCAAUGCCAUUUCUCGAAAUUACUAAUUCAGACAUCGUAAUAUUGUGGAGCUCUGGAUUGAGAUGAACUCAUUUAUUUUUUCUACAAACAUGAGAUAAUGUAGUGAAUGAUUCAUUGAAUCGUGUAGUUAUAGCACUAUCACUGCCAUAUUUCUAAAACGAAAUGAUUGAACUUGUGGGAUUAUUAUAAGUAUUUGUGGAACUAUUAUAAGUAUUACAAGAUUUGGGCUUAUGAAUAGAUACAUUCUGUUCCAAUUCCAUUUUUUCUACUCACGGAUGAAAAAUUUUGU